AUGGCGGAGCGCAAGAAGCACAAAGUGUUUUUCGAGGGUGAACCGUGGAUCCCUCGAGACUACUUUGUGAACAUCGUUGCCGACAGCUACGACAAUAUGCGGGCCAUCCUCUUCCAGUACUUUUUCUUUCUGCGGUGCAAGAAAUUCGCGGUGGUGGUGCGCGGGGACGGGACAUACGUGGGAGACGAUGGCUACUACCGCUCGUUGGAACCUGACUGUUGUCGAUGUGGGGUGGCAAUCAAAAGAAACACAAGUGCCUUCCAACCAUCUCUGAAAUCUAUGAUAGCAACCUCAAACUACUUUGUUUCCCAUCUCAAGAUCUUGGGAGUUAUGGGCAAUGUAAAAAUGGACAGCACUAGCGUUGCCGACUGUCCUCCAGAUCGCUCCCUGCUCUCAAAAAUGCUGCUGCACGACAGGAUGCAGUUUCCCCCACCACCCCAGUUUCCUGGAAAGUGUCACCAGCAGCAGCAGCUACACACUGCUCAACAUCUCGCUCCCUGCAGGCAGGUGUGGCAACAGUAAUGUGCAGUGUUCAACUGCAUCCUUCAGCAACAUAAGUCAGCCACUUGACCAUAUACCCCACAAGACAAUAUCAGCAGAGCAUGAUCGAGUAGCAUCCCAUCGAUCCUUGACUCAGUAUUCUAGCGUCAUCACUUUUUUUCGUUCUAAUCUUUGUUUUUUCCCAUCAGCAGCUGAAAACUACAUUGUUUUUUUGUGUGAUUUUUGUGACAUUUUCCAGUGAUUAUUGACGUGUUUUCUUCACUAUCUAGUGAUUUGACACAACUCAACAAUACGAAACUGGCAUGUAUAGAUAUGUGUGAGAUGGUAUUUGGGGAGGAAUUAAGAGAUGAUGGCCUAUGGUGAACAAUUAUCUUCGUCUUCCAUUGUUAGGUCUAUGACAUCAUCUGCAGAUUCUAAAAGAGAACGUAACAAUAAUGCACUAUUUAUCACACCAUGGAUGUUCCUCUCUUACUUUUCUCCACUGGUUUCCACGACCCAGUCUUGUCGAAUUCUAUUUCGUCAUCGUCGGUGUCUUGCAAGAUUUGUAGUAGAGUCCUGUGCAUAGAAUAAGCCAGCAACCACAAGUGCAAAAUUUCACUGAACAUUAAGGGGGUGUGGUGAUAGUGCCUAUUAUUAUAGCUAAUGUAUGCAGAGACUCACCAACGCUUUUGCAAAAUGGAUUGCAGGUGGAGCUAGCUACUUUUUAUGGUGGGAGUCAAGUGGAGCUAAUACAACCACAAGUAAAGUGGUUUGUGAGAAAAAAUGAGGAAGUGUUCAUUCCCAUAAGGAUUAUCUUUGCUUCCAUGGACCACAGUGAUGAAAACCA